UUUACCUCCAACUCACCCUCAGCGUCUGUGGCUGUGAGUGACAUUUAACUCUAAUUCAGUAACUACCCAAGGCUGCACAGGCCCUUUAACUUUAUUCCAGACGAUUUUAGACAAUUAAAUAAAAAUUGCGAUUCCAAGACAAGGAAAACCGGAAAAUAUUAAAACACCAUUCAGAAGUAGCUAUAUAGACAUCAGGUGAUUGCCGGCAGUAUGAGUGGAGCUGGCAGUAGUGACAGUGGGCUUGACCUGUCUGGCAAACUUAUCAUUAAGGCACAACUUGGUGAAGACAUCAGGCGAAUCCCUAUCCACAAUGAAGAUAUGACAUAUGAUGAAUUGAUCCUUAUGAUGCAACGAGUCUUCCGUGGAUCACUGUCUCCAGAUGAUGAUAUUACAUUGAAGUACAAAGAUGAAGAUGGAGAUUUGGUGACUAUUUUUGACAGCUCAGACCUGGCCUUUGCUAUUCAGUGCAGCCGUAUCUUGAAGCUGACUAUUCUUCUUAAUGGCCAAAGGACCACAAUGCAGGAUCCACGUGUGUCUACAUUAGCUGUGAGGCGAGAACUUCGUGCCAUUCGUGACAGAGUGACUGCUCUUCUUGAUGCCUUGGACAUGUCCUCUGAUGUGGUUCCUAAAACUGUCAAUGAAUCUGAUACUGGAAUGAGCAGCAGUGUGGCAGCCUCGGCUUCCCCAGCACCACCAGCAACCAUGCAGCUGAAUAUCUCAUCCAAGGAGUUUGAUCCACUACAGCCAGUUGAACAGCAGCAGCAACAAGCUGUACAACCACCACAGCAACAACAGCAGCAGCUUCCCGCAUCAGUCAGUCAACAACAGCCAGCUGUUAGAACACCAACUCCAGCAUCAUCUGCUUCCAUCCAAAGUGACAUUUCGGCAAAAACUGAAGAUGCAAGCAUAUACCAAGACAUCAUGUCAUCUUUUGGGUUAUCUGAAGGUGAAGUAACUGUCAACCCAAAUGCUGCACCGGGAGAGAACACAUCUAAUGCAUCAAGCAGCUCUACUCCAUCCCCAUACCUUCACCAUGCUCAACCACAGCAGCCACCUCAGUCACAGCCACAAUCACAACCUAAACCCCAGCAGCAGCAGCAGCAGCAUGCAGGAUAUCCAACCUACAGUGCUGCUGCUGUUUCUGCCCCCCAGCACGGAUCCUAUCCACAGUACCGAGGUCAGCAUUAUGUUGGUGGUGGAUCUGAUGUCAGUGGUGGUCCUCCACGGGCAGCUAUGCCUGGAGUACCCACCAGUAUGCCGGUAGGGCCUACCAGUAUGCCUGGAGCACCUAACACCAUGCCCGGAGCACCUAACACCAUGCCUGGAGCACCUAACACCAUGCCAGGGAUACCCACUAGUGUGCCAGGGGCACCCACAAGUGUGCAAAGUGUACCACCACAAUCUCAAACUUCACAGUACUACCAAGGCUACCCACAGUACCAAGGGUAUGCAGUGCCCAGUAAUCAGCCAGGCAGCUUCAGUCAGCAGUAUUCCUCAGCUCAGCAAUACCCUGCCAAUUACUCCACUCAGUCUGGUCCCCGCAGUUCUGGGCCUCCUCCAACCAUACCCUCACAACCCACACAGCCAGGACCACCAGCUGGACCACGACCUCCUAUCAGGUUUCCCAGUCAACAACAAGGCUUCCAACCUUGGACUCAGUAGUUGUCCAGUAUAUGUUACCAGUCUAAAAAGACCCACAUCAGAGAACCAGCUUAUAAUAAAACACACUAGCAUCUACGUGUAUUUUCUUCUGAGCUUCAACAGGUCAUUGUUAUUGAAACUGCUACUCUUAAGAUGAAAGUACUUAUUCAAAUUGUGCUGUAUAUUCCAAGCAAAUUUGGCAUCAAAGCAAAUAAAGCAACAGCUGAAAUUUUUCUUGUUAAAUUUUCUUGGUAAAAUAAAGGAGCACAGUUUCUUUGGGUUAUAAAUAAUGUGUAACUUAUGGUAUACUGUGUUAAAAUAAUGAGCUCCUAAAUAUAAAACUAAUUAAGAGCAUCAGGGUUUGUUAAACAUAACUUCUGGAAAUAUUUUUGAUACAAGAGAUUUUCUUCUUUUGAUGCCAAUUUCCUAAGAAUUAUGUAUCAUGUUUGCAUACCGGUAGUGUAAUAUAAAUGCAAUACAGUAUUGUAAAUGCAAACUUAUUUUUAUUAGCUUGUUCGAAGCUUUUUGUUUGUUGUAUAGCUUGAACAUGCUGUCUUUUAAUAUACACCUGACCCUCACUUUAUGCUGUGGUUGCGUUCUGUGACAACACAGCAUAAUGGGAAUCCGCAUACAGUAUAGUGAAUACUUAAUCUAAUGGGGAAAAUUAGAAUAUUUUCCACAGCUACUAAAAGUCAACAGUAAUGCCUUAAAAGGUGUGGAAGAAUCAUUACAAUACUGUGAUGUGGGUUAGUAAUAAAGAUAAUAUAAUAUAAAACUAUAAACUAAGACAUAUGAAGAGCAUAGGUGUUUGUGUGGAGUGGCUGACUCACCACUCCAGCCACAUCCCUUAACAUCACAUACUGCACAGUAUACACACACACACACUGUGCCAUGUUUCACAAUCAUUUCUGGAGCAUUAAUGCAAUAGAAAGUUGUAUAAAAAUCAUUAAAAUACUCUAAUGUGGCUUAGAAAUAAAGCUAAUACUGGUAUAAAACUAGUGCGCCAUAUCUUCUACAGAACGCAUACAAGGGAAUAUUUUCCGCAUAAAAUGAAUUAUAGGUAGAAAUAGGGUCGCCGCAUAAAUGAGAAUUUGCAUAUAUUGAAUGCGGAUAAAGCGAGGGUCCAGUGUAAAUGGAAAGAGACUAGGUCUACCCCUACCUCCCUCAGUACCAGUCUGUCAUGGCUUACCUAACAUGCAGAACAGUGCCAAAUCUAUACCCAGCUAGUGGCAUUAAAAGUUCAAGUGUAAAACAUGCCAGCUCAGAAUUUAUAGCUUGUACAGUAUGUAUAAACACUAUUUGAUAUAUUAAAUUGAUGCAGGAAUAUUUUGGAAUACUGUACCUAUAGCCAGGUAAGAACACUGAAUGAUAACAUUAUUUUAAUGCUUCAAUUGGUAGGGACUUGAAGAAUAUUGUAUUAAGUCAGCCAUCCCAAUGCUUUUGUAUACAGGGGUAUUAACUUCUCUUAUAUUUUGGUUUGUUGGUAUCUGGUAUCAUAUAUAAAGGGCAAGUCCAUUCUGAUCUAGUUUAGGUGGAGUCAUCAUUGGGAUAGAACUGUUUAUGCAUGUAUUGUAUUUUGAAUAGAUCUUAUUUUUGUAAUGUGUAGAGGCUGAUAUAAAUAGGACAGUAUGAUCAAACAACUCUAAAUAUAUACUAACUGUGCAUUUAAUAAUUACAUGUACAGGUAUGUUAUUGUUAUGGAAAGAUUAUUUGUUACCUUUUAUUUCUACAAUAUACUCAUUGCUUGUUCAGUAAUUUUGCUAUCAGUAUCUUCAAUAUUGCAAAUGAAGAUCACUUGACGUUAUUAUAGAUAACCCAAACUUAACCCUACUGGAAGUAUCUCAUUACAUAGUAAUUAAAUGAGAAUUUAGAUUCAAAACCUUUUUUAAGCAUGAUAACUAUCUAUUGUUGGGCCUUGAUUCCUUCAAGACUUGAUACAUCAAACUUCCUAACACUUACUGAGGGACUUUGCAUGUUAGUGUGGCUGUCAGUUAAAUUAAACAGCCACUACACAUUAUAAUGUAUAUAAUGUCAGAAUAAUUUUUUUAUUUCAUCAUUUAUUUGCUAUGAAAAGAUGUUGAUUUGAGAGUAAUGUACUGGUUUGUACAUGCCUUGACUUGUGUAUAGAAGAUCUAAAACCUAGUAUGAGGAGUCUUAAUAUGUAUUGUAUAUCCAUGUAAAAAACACACCACUAUAUUUUAUUAAUCACAUGUAAUGUGUCUUGUAUGAUUUUCUCUAGUUUAGAAAUAAGCAAUAUUCUUCAACAUCUUGUACGACUGUACAGAAAAAUUUUCAUUAGGAUUUAAUUUCCAAGAGUGUAUGUUGUGUUACAGAGCCAGACCUACUAUUGAGAUUCCUUCACCAGGUAAUGAAUCAGAGUGAUCAUUUAUUCACCAAUCUUCAACUGUAUUUUCCAGUUUUUUUUUUUUUUUCUAUAUUCACAAUGUUUUCAGUAUGAGGAUAAUUGCCUACUUGUGUGUCACCAUGAAUGAUUACUGUAUUAUUUCAUGUUUGUUUUCUGUCUCUUCACCUGUUUAUUUGCCUUCCCCUAAUUUCGGUUAAUAGAUAAUGUUUUAAUACCACUGGUGAACUGAGUAGAGUGGCCUGGUAUCAGAUAUUGACUUAUUUGUGAUGGUAUGUCCAGACCCAUUGCCUUUAUCAUGUUAAGUCUUAGCACUGAGCCAAACUUCAUUUUCAUUACUGGGAAGGGUGUACUGGUACAUCUUCAGGGAGGAGACGUUAAAAAGCAAGUGACAUGGUCGUGCAUGGAGAAAUUAAUUAAUGGUAAAAUUUUUAGAAUCUGAAGUGUUUUUCUUUUCAAUUGACUGUGAGGAUGAAUGGUGGAAGUUUAAGGUAACAUUGAGGUGGAAUUUUAACCUGUAUUAAUCGAGGCCAAUUUGGCAUAUUAUUCUAAUCUUUAAAUUGUUUAAAUGAAAUAGGAGUAAUGUGUAUAUGUAGUCAUUUGAGGGUGUAUAAUGAAGGCCAGUAUAGGUUGUGAGGUUAUUGAACAUUGUGCUGAAUCAUGGAUCUGAGCAAGCGGUUGAGCAGCAAGUAAAGAUUACAGAACAAGGUUGAUUAUUUUUGCCGAAUGCUGAUGUAUACGGCAUACCUGUACUCCUUUGUAUUAAAAGAAUUAUAUUUGCUGAUUGAAUUAAUUAAAGAACUCUAUAUAUGUUUUUGUGAUAGUAGCAAGUGAAACACCAAAUAAACAUACCAAGAAGCAUCUGAGAGUAUGUGCUUAUAUUGUACAUCAUUGAGAUUUUUUAGACUAUUUUGUUGCAAAUAGGAAAAUAAACAGGUAAUUUA